UUCCCUUUCUGAGUUUUUCUCCAGCUAGAAACGGUAAAGGGAACUGAAAGGAUUUGCUAUAUAAAUACAUACUGUGGGGUUUAUUUUAUUCAUUUUUAUUUUCCUAUUUUUUGGCAGCACAAACCGGAGCAACCUUAAAGGUACAUCGGACCACAAAACGGAGCAACCAUAAUAUUUGCAAUAGGAGGCCGUCAAAAAUGCCCAUUCCUCAGACCCUUCACAGGGUGUCCACAAAAGUUAAAAAAUUUGUAAGGAGUGGACAUUACAGGCUGAGAGCAGGCAGUCAAAAUCCUUGCCACCCCCGCGGUGAGAAGAACUUAGAAAAGCCAGCUUCCAUCGGCAAGUCAAUAGAGAAGGAAAAAGAAAUCAGACAUCAUUUUAAUCUUUGGGAUCCUCUGAAACAGAAAACAAAGUCUGUAUCAGGAAUGGUUUCCAAAACGGCCGUUGUCUUGCUAAUGGGUCUUCUGGGAAUGGUUUAUCAGGCAACCCAACUGCCCCCGCCACUAGGCACUGGGUCGGCGGAGGAUUCUCCUUCGACCUCAACAAGAAUCAGGCUCAAAGAUGGAAGGAACCUGGCUUACAGAGAGAGAGGUGUCCCCAAAGAGAAGGCAAAGUACAAAAUCAUUCUUGUGCACGGCCUUGGUAGCUCCAAAGAGAUGAAUUUUCUGGUACCCCAAGAACUAAUAGAUGAGUUGGGCAUAUACUUUCUGCUAUAUGAUCGGGCAGGAUAUGGAGAAAGUGAUCCAGACCCAAAGCGCACAGUAAAGAGUGAAGCUUUUGACAUUCAAGAACUUGCUGACCAAUUAGAGUUGGGAUCCAAGUUUUAUGUGAUCGGAGUCUCAAUGGGAUCAUACGCCACAUGGAGUUGCCUCAAAUACAUACCAGACAGGCUAGCUGGUGUGGCCUUUGUAGUCCCAGUUGUGAAUUAUUGGUGGCCUUCACUCCCUCAUAGCCUGAUACGGGAGGACUACAGGAGGAAACUUGUUCGGUGGUCAAUCUGGUUUGCAAAUUAUGCGCCUGGACUACUGUACUGGUGGGUGACUCAGAAAUGGCUCCCUUCAACUUCUGUCCUUGAAAGAAACCCAUUAUUCUUCAAUGACCGAGACAUCGAUAUUUUGAAGACUAUAUCAGGGUUCCCAAUGCUCACCCAGGAUAAGAUACGAGAACGAAGUGUUUUUGAUACUCUUCGUCAUGACUUUAUGCUGGCUUUUGGCAAAUGGGAAUUUGACCCAAUGGAUAUAAGGAAUCCGUACCCUAAAAAUGAAAGCUCUGUGCACAUAUGGCAAGGUUACGAAGACAAGGUCGUGCCUUUUCAACUCCAAAGAUUUGUUUCUGGGAAGCUACCCUGGAUUCGAUAUCAUGAAGUUCCAGAUGGUGGGCAUUUAAUUGUGCAUUACAAUGGUGUAUGUGAGGCCAUUUUAAGGGCGCUUUUACUUGGAGAAGAAGCAAUUUUAUAUAGACCCAGAAAAGCCAAAGUUCUACCAUGAAGUUGUCAUAACUUCUCAUCAUCCAAAUUGUUGAUUGUGUAGGUGAUUGAUUUUUUUUCUUCUUUCAGAGAUUGACAGAUAUGUACAUUACAUUUGUUACUGAAAAAUUUGAAUGUUA